GUGGUUCAAAAAAAGUUCAAAUAUUAUUUUGAUUUGGCUUCUUUUCUUGUAGAUCAGAAAAUGGAGAAGGUGCUCGUGACUGGCGGUGCAGGCUAUUUAGCUUCUUUUCUCAUCAAGAAUCUUUUAGAGAAGGGUUAUACAGUUCAUGCCACUCUUCGAAGUCUAAGUGAUGAUGCAAAGGUGGGAUUGCUAAAAGGGCUAGCUCAUUCACAAACAAGAUUGCAUCUAUUCGAAGCUGAUAUAUAUAAUCCCAACGAUUUCGAAGUCGCUGUUCAAGGCUGCGCUUUUGUGUUCCACUUAGCCACGCCUUUGCAGCACUAUGACAACAAUACACGGUACAAGAAUACUAGUGAGGCAGCCGUGGAUGGUGUGAAAAUGAUAGCUGAAAGCUGCAUGAGAUGUAAAUCGGUGAAGAAAUUGAUCUACACCGCCACGGUGAUGGCGGCGUCGCCCUUGAAAGACGACGGCUCGGGCUACAAGGAUGUCUUCGACGAGACCUGUUGGAGUCCUCUCAAUCUCACCUAUCAAAUGUACUCUGAUUAUAUAAACUCAAAGACAUUGGCGGAGAAAGAAGUAUUGAGGUACAACGGGCAAGGAAUCGAGGUGGUGAGCCUUACUUGUGCGCUCGUGGGAGGCGAAACGAUCCAGUCUUUCCUCUCCGGGAGCAUAAACGUGCUUAUAGCACAAGCCAUGAAUGAUGAAACAUUGUACAAAGGUUUGAGAGAAUUGGAAGAUUUGGAUUCCAAGGUUCCAAUUGCACACGUGCAAGAUGUGAUUGAAGCACAUAUAUUUGCAAUGGAGAAUUCAGAGAUGAAUGACAGAUUUCUUGUUGCUAGUGACUUCUUGAAAUCAGUAGAGAUUGCAUCUCUUAUUCAGAAACAUUACCCAGACAUAACUAUCCCUCCAGAGUUCAUUGAAGAUACAAAAAGAGACACUAAAUGGGGUUCAAGAAAGUUGGAGGAGUUGGGAUUUGAGUACAAGUUUGAUGCUGAUAAGAUUAUAUAUGAUAGCAUUGCUUGUGCCAAGAGAUUGGGUGCAAUUUAAUAUUUGAGUCAGUUUCAAGUUAGCUUCAUAUAUAUGUUGUGAUUUUCGACUAAAAGGAUGUUUGUACUCCAUAUGAAUUCAUAGUGUUAAUGGAUUGUCUUGUUUACAUA